AGGAGGGAGUAAGAAGUAGGGAGGAGGCGGCACCAGCAAUGGAUCUGUGAGCAUGUGUAGCCUCUUUUAGUGCGGUACCUGGAAGACAGCACAAGGUGGAUCCGCACUCUGAAAAUGCAGUAAUUUGGAUGUGAAUUCAUCUUCCUUCUUGCCAGAGAGGAUUCUAAUACCUCAGUGUCCAAGCCAAGACAUCGACUCAGCCUCAUCUCUCCUCAAAGCUACGCGUUACAACAUGGAAGCCAUCGCCAAGUUUGAUUUCACCGCCACAGGUGAGGAUGAACUGAGCUUUCACACUGGAGAUGUUCUGAAGAUCUUGAGUAACCAAGAAGAAUGGUUCAAGGCAGAGCUUGGAAGCCAAGAAGGAUACGUGCCCAAGAAUUUUAUAGAGGUCCAGUUUCCCGAAUGGUUUCACGAAGGUCUGUCACGUCACCAGGCAGAGAACUUACUCAUGGGCAAGGAGGUUGGUUUCUUCAUCAUCCGGGCCAGCCAGAGCUCCCCAGGGGACUUCUCCAUCUCCGUCAGGCAUGAGGGUGAUGUUCAGCACUUCAAGGUCAUGAGAGACAACAAGGGUAAUUACUUCCUGUGGACAGAGAAGUUUCCAUCGCUAAAUAAGCUGGUGGACUACUACAGAACGACUUCCAUCUCCAAACAGAAGCAGAUCUUCCUGAGGGAUAGAACCCAAGAGGAUCAGGGUCGCCGGGGCAACAGCCUGGACCGGAGGCCCCCAGGAGGUCCACAACCACACCUCAGCGGCACUGCAGGAGAAGAAAUCCGGCCUUCCAUGAACCGGAAGCUGUCAGAUCACCCGCCACCCACUCCCGCGCAGUACCCCCCCGCCCCACCACCCUCACAGCAGCGGUACCUGCAGCAUCACCACUUUCAUCAGGAACGCCGUGGAGGCAGCCUUGACAUAAACGACGGGCACUGUGGCGUGGGCAUGGGCAGCGAAAUGAAUGCCGCCCUCAUGCACCGGAGACACACAGACCCAGUACAACUCCAAGCAGCCGGGCGUGUGCGGUGGGCCCGGGCGCUGUACGACUUUGAGGCCCUCGAGGAUGACGAGCUGGGGUUCCGCAGCGGAGAGGUGGUUGAGGUCCUGGACAGCUCCAACCCGUCCUGGUGGACUGGCCGCCUGCACAACAAACUGGGCCUCUUCCCUGCCAACUACGUGGCCCCCAUGAUCCGAUGAAGCUCUUCUGGAGGGAUCAGAGGCUUUUGUCUGAAGCUGCCUGCAGAGAGGGAGCAAGGAAGGAAAGCUGGAACUAUGUCUGCCUACAUGUGUGUGUGUGUGUACACAUACAUGUACACUGUACAUGCCUAUGUAUGCACACAUUUUAUAAUAGUAAUUUAUUGGCAAUUUAGUUGGUUAACUAGUUGUUAUGAAAGGAACUCGGGUAGAGGAUUAUAUCGCUACUUGUUUUUCUACUUCCCACAGCGGGUGUGCGGAAGGUGGUGGGGUGUUGGGAGUGGGGGGCAAAGAAACAAAACUGAAAUUCUUCCCGUCCUUAAGAUGGCGCCGCUUCCUCCUCAUCUUGGGAAUUUUCACUGAGUAGCUCUGCAGAGACCAACACUGAGGCGUGGGUUGUCAGCAGGGUGGAUUCAGACUUGGUGGGGCAUGUCCUGCUUCCCUGCAGGCCCCACUCACCUGGAGGGUUUGCAGGGCAGCUUCCUUCUUGUUCUCCAAGGAUGAGUACUGCGGGGCCAGAGUCAGGAUGCAGCUGCGCAAGUCUGGGCUGGAGCGGUUAGGGCGUGAGGGCACGGCUGAAGCACCAGCUUCCCGGUUGGCCUUCAGCCAAGACCUUCCUCUUCCUCAAAUGAAUGCUCCUCGGUUAACCCUCUUCCUUGUGGCUGACGUGGACAAACAGAGACACUGUGAGGAGUCGAGCACUGGGAAACGGAGAGGUUUUCCACAAAUCUCUCCGUGGCCUACUAGGAUGUAACCUCUGUGUCCCUGGCUACCAAGAAAGCAGCAUCCUAGAUCCUGCAAAGUGCUUGCAGAAGCCCUGGCUGAGAAUUAUGGACGUUAGAGCCAUUGUUCUGUGGUUAUGGGGCGUCUCUUCAGGGCACUAUCUGUUUUCCCUCUCAGUUUUCUGUAUUUCAAAGAUGCCUUUCCCAGUGGCGCAGAGAGAAGCCCACCUCACAAGAGCAUUGACUAGUGAGUGACUGGCUGACUGGCUGGUUGAUUGAACGUGACCCUGAGAGGGAGCUGGCUUGCAGAUGAGUUUCCUGUUCCCCUGACUGUUGGACCCCUGCUGGCACCUUCCCCCCACCAAGAGCUGCACCUGGGAGAGGAACCCCACUACCACUCUCUCUCUCUCUUCAGCCCUUCAAAAUAGAAUUGUGUUCCCUAGCGCUCACCUGGGAGCGUGAAGCACAGACCAGCAUGGCAGGGAGAAAGGACAGUGGAGAAGAAAGCUCAGUGUUACAGGGGAAACUGGGAGCACACAGGUCUACACCGAGGGCACGGAGAAAGUGUG